CCAUUUUCUGCCCCCUCUCCACCUCCACCUGCUCGAGCCAAAUUUCCAGGCAUCCGGCUGACGGCUCCGGCCAGAGCGAGAAGCCCCUCGGAGAACUCGCGAAAGGAGAAAUUGCGCAUGUGCGGGGGAGAGCCCGCCCUUUCCCUUCAUGCUGACGGACUGACCAAUGGGAAGAGUUGGAGGACCGGAAGGACUCUGGUCCUCCAGCCAAUGAGAGCGCGGGCUUUGUGUGAAUGAAGGCUGAGCUUCACAGACUAAAACUUCCUCCUGUGUCCAACAUCUGAUAUUUGAAGGGAGGGACUUUCUGACAGAUAUCUCAAACCAAACAUCACGUCAAGAUCUGACAGAGUCAAUUGAUUCACUGGGACCAGGCUUUUGGAUCUAGAAUUUAAAAGGUUUGUUUAUUCUCUCUGCUUGAAAAGAUUUUAAACAGCAGUGUGACUGGAAAAGCACCGACACACACACACACACACACACACAGACACACACACACACACCCGAGUGAGACUGUUCCAGUGCGCUAACUGUGGUAAGAGGUUUAACCAGUUACACAACCUGAGAAAACAUCGCACCAUUCACCACAGGGAGAGACUGUACACAUGUGCUGUACGUGGUCGAGGCUUCAACUGAUUGUCCCACCAGGAUAGACACAAGGACACCUGCACCAUGGAGAAACCGUGGAAAUGUGGGGACUGUGGGAAGGGAUUCAGAUCCCCCUCUGUGCUUGAAACCCAUCGACGCAGUCACACCGGGGAGAGGCCAUUCACCUGCUCCAAGUGUGGGAAGGGAUUUACUCAGUCAUCCCAUCUGCAGACACACCAGCAAGUUCACACCGGAGAGAGACCGUUCACCUGCUCUGAGUGUGGGAAGGGAUUCAGAUCCCCAUCUAAGCUGGAGAUUCAUCGACGCAGUCACACUGGGGAGAGGCCAUUCACCUGCAAUGAGUGCGGGAAGCGAUUCAGUCAUUCAUCCAACUUAUUGACGCACCAGCGAAUUCACACUGGGGAGAGACCGUUCACUUGCUCUGACUGUGGGAAGGCAUUCAGUAAUUCAUCUGGCCUGCAGAAGCACCAACGAGUUCACACCGGGGAAAGGCCGUUCAUCUGCUCUGAGUGUGGGAAGGGAUUCACUCGCUCAGCCCACCUGCUGGCACACCAGCGAAUUCACACCGGGGAGAGGCCAUUCACCUGCUCUCGGUGUGGGAAGCGAUUCAGGAAUUCAUCCAACUUAUUGACACACCAGCGGGUACACACCGGGGUGAGACCAUUUACCUGUUCUGACUGUGGGAAGGGAUUCAGUGAUGGGUCUGCCCUGCGGACACACCAGCGAGUUCACACCAAGGAGAGGCCAUUCACCUGCACAGUGUGUGGGCAGCGAUUCACUCAGUCAUCCAGCCUGCUGAUACACCAUGUCACUCACACCAAUGAAAGACCCUUUAAAUGCUCUGACUGUGGGAGUGGCUUCAAAAGCGCUGCAGUUCUGAGGAUCCACCAGCGCAUCCACACUGAGGAGAGACCAUUCAGCUGCUCUCAAUGUGCAAAGAGUUUCAGAACGUUGUCUGAUCAACAGAGACAUCAGCGAGUUCACACCGGGGAGAAGCCGUUUGCCUGCACCGAGUGUGGGAAGAGUUUCGCUGAUUCAUCCAACCUGCGGAACCACCGGCGAGUUCACACCGGGGAGAGACCAUUUACCUGCACCGAGUGUGGGAAGGGAUUCAGUAAUUCAUCCAACUUAUUAACACACCAGCGAGUUCACACUGGAGAGAGGCCGUUCACUUGCCCUGAUUGUGGGAAGGGAUUCACUCAUUCAUCCCACCUGCGGAGGCACCAGCGAGUUCACAGGUGAUUCCAGGGGUUGGAUUCAAAUGAGGUUCUUCAGUUAGUUGGAGACUGGAGCAGCUGAAAUUUCUCUCUCUAGGUCGUAGGUUCUUAGCGCAGAGGAUGGGGCCAUUCGGUCCAUUGAGUUCAUGUCGACUCUCUGUAGAGCAACCCAGUCAGUCCCAUUGCCCCGUUCUAUCCCCAUAUCUCUGUAGGUUUAUUUCCCUCAAGCGCCCAUCCAGAUUCCAUUCAUAAAUACUCCAUCAUCUCUGCUUCUACCACCCUCGUAGGAAGUGGGUUCCAGGUGUUUAUCGCUCAAUUUCAAUGCACAAAAUCCCAUAGAGCACAGAAGACCAUUCAGCCCAUCAUGCUCAUGCCAGGUUGUGAAAGAGCUGUCCAAUUAAACCCAUUGCUCUGCCAUUUCCGUUUCCUUUGAAGAAUCUUACCAUUUCCCUUUUGAAGGAUAGAGUCCAAUCUGCUUCUCGCACCGUUUUCAGACAGUGAAUUCCAAAUCACGGCAACUCACUGUGUUUUAAAACAAAUCGUUCAGGAUAUGGUGUGUUUGGAUUCUCAGAGUAUUCGAAAUGGUGUCAGGCAUUGUUAUCACUCAAAAUUAAGACUCAAUCUUGAACAAUAAAUUUGACGAGAGGGCCAAUUGUAAUAUAUCAAAAUUUGUGGACAAAUUUUAAAAAUGCAUUUCUAUAGUACCUCUCACGAGCACAGGACCUACUAAAGCGUUUAAAAGCCAGUCAAGUACUUGUGAAGUGUUGUCACUGUUACAAUGUAGAAAACUGUGGGUAGGCCUGGGUAAUCAAAUUUAGUUUUAAACAUCAAUCACUUUCACACCGUAUUCACUGUUCUAAGUAGCAAGGUCAAGGAAGCAAUUUUAAACUCUAAUGUGGCUGGAUCUGUAUUUUAAAAAUUAACACUGUAUAAAUGUAAAUGUUUCUCUAAACUGCACAGCUAGCAGAAAUUGUUUACAUAAAGAAAUUAUUUCCUAAUAUUCAAGAGCUACAAGACAUCAUAUUCUACCAAUGUCCAGCUCAAGAAUAAGGCUCAUUGUUCAAGCCGAUCCAGAUUAGUAUUAGCUAUUAGUAUUAGCUGUUGUCCUCCAUAGAUUAUCUUCUUGAACCAGUAUAUCUUCUAUUAGCCAAAUGUAUUAAUUAAUACAGUAAUCUAUAGUUACCUAUCAGUCAGUAAUAGAUGAUUGAAAAGUAGUGAGCCUUAAUUGAGUUACAGUUAAUGAAUAAAUAAUGAAUCAGUUGUUAUAGUAAAAGAUUGAGUUUUAUUUGCUGUAAAAUGUAAAACCUUAAUUGCUGUAUAUGUAACGAAUGUUCAAUGAAGAGAAAUGUACUGGCCAGGGAGACCUUCAACCUCUGAUUAGCCUCAACAUUUGAAACUGUCUGAAUAAGGGAUUGUAUAGAAUCAGAUAAAGGGAUAGUAUCAAACAGUUCUACUCUUUUCCUGUCUAAGAUAAUGAGAGAAGGUGGUGUAAGUAAUUGGGGAACCAAUUAAUCUAGUAACCAAAUUGACCAAUUGUCAUGUUACAACAGGCCCAACUCUGACAUGAGGUAAUGGUCACUUUGGGGAUAAAAGUAGAGGUUCUGAAGGUCUCCCUUGCUGGCCAAGUACUGAAGACUCCCGAGGCCGAGUUCCAAGUAAAUUACUGUCAGAGAAGGAGCCAGACUCCCGAGGGUGAAUUCCACAAGAAUUACUGUCAAAGAAGGAGCCAGAGAGGGUUACACUUCUACAGACUGAUCACCCACAUGAAGUUGUAAAAGUCAAUGUCUUAAAGUUGUUAAGUAAACAUUUUUCUUUUAAUAAACUUCUUUUCAAAUUUA